CGGCUCUGUUCUCGUGGUGAAAGCCGCAAAGCGGUGUGGAAAGAGUUUGUCUGUGGUUAAAGUUUUUUACCAUGGUGGGGGAAGACAAUAUAUCUCUAAGGAAUCGCCGAGCUACAUAUGGAACUGCAGAAGAGAAAGAUGACUUACCAAGGAGGCUUGAAGGGGAUUGGCCAUUCUCUAAAUCAAACAAUGGUCGAAUUGAUGUUGAUCAUGCAAUAACAAGGAAGAUGCAACUCUCAGCAGAAGCAGAGCAGCUGAAGCCAGCUUUCAUGAAGGCUGUGGAGAAGCAUUUUACUGAAGCUGUUAAUAGCUUGAUUGCAAACUGUAUGCUGCUGGAAUCUUCACCAGCUGCUUUUCCAGAGAAAGACAGCCUCAGAAUCAAGGGAACAAGAGCACCUCCAGAACAUGGAAAAGUUUUUGUUCCCAGAAGGUCUCUCUUGGAUGAGUUAUUCGAAGUGAAUCAUAUCCGGACCAUCUAUCACAUGUUUAUUGCUCUCCUCAUUUUGUUCAUCCUCAGCACACUUGUGGUGGACUUCAUUGAUGAAGGAAGGCUGGUGCUAGAAUUUGAUUUCCUGGUUUACUCUUUCGGCAAAAUGUCUAUCGUCGCUUUGACUUGGCUUUGCAUGUUCUCCUCUACGUUACUUGUGCCCUACAUCCUCUUUAUCCGGUGGGCCCAGGGGUUCCAUAGCUCCUCCCACAAGAUCAUCCGCUCCAUUUUAUCUGGGGCACUUUUUGUGAUUUUCCAGACAGUCUGUCUUGGAUUUGGACCAACUUACAUUGCAUUGGCUUAUGAUCUACCACCGGCCUCUCGCUUUAUAGUUAUACUUGAACAGGUGCGUCUUGUGAUGAAAGCCCACUCUUUUAUCAGGGAGAAUGUUCCCCGAAUAGUCUCUGCUACUCCACAAAAAUCAGAUUCUCUUCAGCUUCCUAAAGCUUCCCUGUACCUGUAUUUCCUUUUUGCUCCCACUCUUAUUUACCGAGAUGAGUAUCCCAGAACACCCUCAAUAAGAUGGAGCUAUGUAGCUACCAAGUUUGCACAGGUUCUUGGUUCAUUUUUCUAUGCUUACUACAUAUUUGUAAGACUCUGUAUUCCAACGUAUCGGAAUUAUAGCCAGGAACACUUCAGUCUACGAGGACUAGUUCUUUGCAUCUUCAACUCUAUUCUUCCAGGUGUAUUGAUUCUAUUCCUGACCUUCUUUGCAUUCCUUCAUUGCUGGCUUAAUGCUUUUGCUGAGAUGCUCCGUUUUGCUGACAGAAUGUUUUAUAAGGACUGGUGGAAUUCUACAUCUUUUGCAAACUAUUAUCGAACCUGGAAUGUGGUGGUACAUGACUGGCUCUAUUACUAUGCCUACAGAGACUUCCUCUGGUUCUUUGGAAAAAAAUUCAAAGCAGUUGCUAUGCUGUCAGUUUUCACGGUUUCAGCUGCAGUACAUGAAUAUGUCCUGGCCAUUAGCUUGGGUUACUUCUAUCCAGUCAUGUUCUCCAUGUUCAUGUGUUUUGGAAUGGUUUUCAACUUCAUUCUUCAUGACCGUCGGAAAAGCCCCAUUUUUAACAUCUUCAUGUGGACGUCACUCUUCCUUGGCCAUGGUGUCCUUAUUUGCCUUUACGGGCAAGAAUUAUAUGCCCGUCAGUAUUGCCCCAGGGAAAAUCCAACUUUCCUGGAUUAUGUGAAACCUCGUUCUUGGUCUUGCCCUAUUAAGAUAUGAAGCCCUCUGGGAUUUGUCUUUAGAAUCAAGACCAGAAGAUGCUCUUUAGACAAACAAUAACAAACUGGGUCCAGUGAUAUAAAUGACUUGAGCCUUCUUUUAAAGGAAGUUGUAUUCUGGAAAAUGAUGGCAUUUUGUCACACAAGGCAGCUAAACUUGUACAAGGCUCAGUAGGUGAUUCUCAUUCCUGAGCCAUUUCCAUGCUGGUCAUGAAAUUUGCUAAAAUGGUGAAGAAAUUUCUAGUUAAAAUUUUGCCUAUUGCAAAUAGUUCUAUAUGUAUUAUUCCUUUUGUCUACUAUGUAUUAUUCCUUUUGUCACACAGUAUUGUGUGAUCUGGGUAGUAGUGACCAUUUGCAUAUGUCUUCCCUCAGCAUCAGACUUGAAAUGGGACAUUUGAACAGUAUUUGUACUAUAGAAUGAGGAGGCCAGCUGUUGUUUUUGUUCAGAAGCUGAGAGAAAGACAGAUUUCUCUAUUCACACUGGACUUAGGGGGAAAAAAGGAACAAUUAAGAUACCUUACAAUUUAUUUUAUUUCUUAAACCAUAUCAUAAGGGUUUCUUUGUUUUGAAGAACUAUGUGUUACUGAAAGCUCUUGGUGGAAGGCCAAGGAUAUCCCCUCCAUGUAAGUGAAUUUAUUGUUGCCUGGUUUAGAUCAGCAGCAACAAGGGGGCUUUUUCUGUAAUAGUAAUAAUAUAACCAUGUCAUUUUGACUGAUCCAUCCAUACAACAGAUAUUUGCAAAUUUUGGCCUAGGAUAAAUAAAAGAUGGACAUUAUCCAAUACUGCUUUGAAGCGUAAAAUUACUGCCUGUAUGAAUGAUGCAUUGUGAAAAAUAUGCCUAACGUUUUGCUUUGACUUCUUUUGAUUUUUUUCUUUUGAAUUAAAGAAAGCCUAGUGUUAUUGACAGUACUUUCUAGCACUUGCUUUGAUGCUUAGUUUCUUAAUCAUCUGGCAACACAGACUGGCCAUUUACUACCACAUUCACUUAUCUUUUGAACUGGUAAAAGAGCAUAUUAAGUACUAAAUAAGUUGUAAAUUACAUUGCUGGGUUAUAGCACAGUGAUCUGUAUUACAGAUAGCCUUGUGGAUUUCAUAUACAUUCAGACUAGGGCUGAAUUCAGAGUAGGACCAGUUACUAUAAUAAUGAUGUGUGCUACUGAAGAUCAUAGAAUUUAAACCAAACGUGUUUAAGUUUUCCUCCUCUCUUUAGUUUAGGACCAAUUUAAAAGUGACAUUAUUAACUCAGCAAUUGCAUUAUAUUGUUUUUUUUAAAAAGUGGCUGCCAUGAAAGGUAGAUUUUAUACUACUUUCUCUUCUUUGUUAUGAUCCCAGUUUGUUAUGAUAACCAUUUGGAAGUUUGGAAGUGAAGCUCCCUUUGGUUACAAUCAUAAGCAGUUUUUCCCUCUAUCUUGAUAAAAAUUAAGUCAGCCAGCAGAUAUAGUUUCAUGGGUCAGAUUCCUGUGAGCUAGUCAUUCUCGACUGUGAGCAUACUAUCUUCAGUAUUAAUUUUUUUACAAACAUCUGUGAUAUGCUGCCACAUGUCCAUUAUUUUUACAUUCUUUAUUAUCACUGCAGUGAUAUAGAACAUAAUUAGUAUUGAAGAACUGAAGAUGUGUUGACCUGAAAAGGUUCAACUUUCCAGUUAAAAUACCAGUUUGCUCAGUAAGAUUCCUUUGUGUGUAAUAACUGGAUGGAUUAUGAGACAUAUCUUUGCCAAUGUGACACACAAUCACUAUAUUGGUAGCUGACAGUUAAUUCCCUAUAGAGCUGAUACAGCCUGUAGAUAACUAUUAGAGAACUCUGAUUCUGUAGUCAAUCUGCAGCAGUUCUCCCAACUACUCUGAAGGUCAUUGGGGCUGUGACUCAGAGCAAAGAAGAAAGUUGAGGAAGAUGGGAAGAUAAAUACACUCUGUAUAUAUUUCAGCUCUUGCCUUAAUUGAUUCAUGGUUCUCUAGUAAAUUAUAGGUGCUGAUGGUUGUCCUCCUGUUUUGCCUAAUUUCAUCAAAUUGAGUUCAUACUGCACAUACAUUUUCUGUAGUAUAGUUACUUAACUAGAGUGAUUUAAUCCCACUAGAGAACACCAGACUCAGCUUUCUUUCAGGAUAAAAGCAGUUUGAUGAUGUUAAAAGGGCAACUGGAAUAGUUUCAUUCUACAGAAACAUAUAAUUUAAAGAUCCUUUCUUCUCUGAAAGUUCAACAGAUUGGUUUCAAUAGCCUGUUUUGUUUUUUGUUUUUGUUUCUUAGAAGAUGACAAAUUGAAAUGAAUCUUGGAAGAUUUAAGAUUUGCAUGAUCGAUACAAAUUAAACCAUUAAACUAUCCCAUUUUAACAGAAAUACUUUUCACACUGAAACCAACUUUUCCUAAAAAUUUAUUGCAUAUAUUUUAAAAAUCAUUGACACAGAAUGCUUACAUUUAUAUUUGGCAAUUAUGUUAUGGACAAAUCAAAUAACAUUUACAGAAAGAAAAUUGAAUUUGUUAUUUUGAAAUAAAACUUGUGUACUCUAAAUGUAAUCUAAAAUAAAAGUUUUGCACUUCUUUUAAAUCUUUUAUUUCUUUAAAGGAUACAAAUUCAAUUUUCUGUUUCCACACUGAAGUUGAACUGUAGUAUGAUAGAGUCUGCAGUUAAAGAAUCCAGCAUGAAGAGAGACGACCCAUGAGAGAUGACCCAUAAGAAAUGAAGUGUGUAUUCACAGUGAGGCCUGUGAUAUGUAUCAAUAAUUGCUAACAAACUAUUAAUGUUCCAGCCCACAAGCACAAAAAUCUAGUGCAAGCCAUAAUUACAUCACAGGUCAUGACGUUUCAUAUAUGACAUCAUGAUGGAGGUGAUUCUUCCUCCCUCCCCUCACAAACAGAUGUCUGUGUUUGCAAGUCCAGCAUUUGUUUCAAGCAGUGCUACUGAAGUUAUAUACUGUAGAUUGUGGCUGUAUUACCGGUUUAGAAACUUUGUUUCCUUUAAGAAAACAUUGGAAUUAGUGACUUUGUGUGACAUAAAGUUUCUGCAUGAAGUGUUCAGUUUAUUUAAAGAGGGCACAUAGCUAGGAGUUUUUUGAAGGAUGAAAGACAUAUUACUUGACAUUAUCACAAAAAGUAGCUGAAGUAUCCCCAAAAGUAAGUGCAAUACUUAACCUCACUAUUCAUUUGCAAAUUCACUGAAACAAUAUCCAGUUUUGGAAAAGAAUAAGGAAAGAACUUGGACUAUUUCAGCUCCCAAUAACACCUUGAUACUUUCCCAAUCAUAAUAAAGCACAUGCUGGCUGGGUUCUCACAAUAUGAUUGGUUUGUAUGAUUUGUCAUGAUUUGUUUGACUAUGUUAUUUGCUGUAACUAUACUUUCUUUAAUACCAUGAUUCAACAAUCAAAAAGGGCAGAGACCAUAUUUGGCUUAGUAUAGUGCACGAACUAAGACAUUUUUCAACAAAAAUACAUCAUUAUUCAACUAUAGUAGUGCUUUCUAUAUAAAGGUGUGAAUAUAAAUUCAAAAUACCUAAUAAUUGUGAAUGGCAUAAAAAAGCUUUGUUCCUAGAACACAUGAACUUGUCCAUUUUUAAAGAUCUUUUUGGGUUGUGAGAGUCUUGUUGUUGAUACAAGAACAGUAUUUGCCUUUAUAAGAUUAUCUGUAAUCUAUCCAAAGAAAUCUAUUUGUGUGUUAUUUCUUUGAAGAAAACAUUUAAAUAAUGUCUUUAAAUAAAAAAGUGCCAAACCUUGUUUUCUUGAAAAAGUACAUAUAGUAUCCAUCAACAUAAUUUUCAUAGCUUCACAACCUUUUAGCUUGAGUAGGAACUGGUAAAAUUGAAGAAUUUGUUUUUCAAGCAAGAAGGUUUAGACUUCCCCCUUGGAAGCAAUGAAAAGGAUUAUACCAGUGAGAAGAGGAAAUUAAGAUUAACUUGACAUUUACAUGGAAUACAGUUUUCACCAUUGGACGGGUCAAAGACUAUGAUUCUGGAGCAAGUAAUUUUAUUGAUUGAUUAGAAAAUGUUGGUUAAUUGUAAAAUGUAUUGAACUGUGUGACCUUUGUGUCAUGGGAAAUAAUUAUACUCUGUGAUCUUACUGUACUACAAAAACUUAAAUAUAUUUUGCUAUCUGUGAAA